UUUGUUUGACAGUUAAAAAAAAGAAUGUCAGAUUGACAAAAAUCAAUUUCUCUCGGCUUGUGCUGUCCGUCCUCUGAUUGUUUGUAUUAAAAAGUAUUAUAUUUUGUAUAUUUUCCAGUUUAUUAUCAUUAACAGAAUGCAUAGGAAUUUACCACAAAAUAAAGAAGCGCUACUAAAGUCCUAUACUACUCGUUUAAAAGAAGAUGUAAAGAGUAUGUUGGAAAACUUUGAAGAAAUAAUCAAACUAGCCAAAGGAGAAAAUGAAUCACAAUUGAACAGAAUGACGCAGAUAGAACAAGAUACUUUUGAAAUGCAAGUCAGAGCAGCAAACAUUGUUAGGGCAGGUGAAUCGCUCAUGAAGUUAGUGUCAGAUAUAAAACAGUAUCUAAUUCUGAAUGACUUCCCUUCAGUCAAUGAGGCUAUAACACAGAACUCCAAGCUGUUCCGUACCAAACAACAGGAGUGUGAUCAAAAACUCAUGUCAUUACGGGAUGACAUUGCUGCAGAUCUGUAUGACUUAGAAGAUGAAUACUUUACUAGUAUCUAUAAAUAAAUAAGGAUAAUUUAA